AAUCAAAUAUUAAUUGAACAUGAAAAAAAUGAAGUUACUUAGAAAAAAAUGCUACAAAUAAAUAGUGAUAAAAUUCGAAAAGAGAAAAGUUCGCGUCAACAAAAAUGAAACUGGGAGAAUACUCAUUUUACAUAUUAGUCACUGCCAUUUUAAUCAUAGUAAGAAUCAAUAAAAACGUGGAAGCAAGCGAACAGAACAGACAAGGACAACGAGAGGUAGGUGGGAAUUAUCCAACAGAAUUAACUGGUAAGAGAAACGGAUCAUUGAGUGGUCUCUCCGGUGACAAUGGUCCAGGAAUCUACAAAACUGUCAGUGGAGGCGGAUCGAGUUCACAUCACAUUCAUGGUAAUUAUACACCACCAGUAUUUGGUGGACGAAGAAACGGAUCAUUGAUUGGUCUCUCCGGUGACAAUGGUCCAGGAAUCUACAAAACUGUCAGUGGAGGCGGAUCGAGUUCACAUCACAUUCAUGGUAAUUAUACACCACCAGUAUUUGGUGGACGAAGAAACGGAUCAUUGAUUGGUCUCUCCGGUGACAAUGGUCCAGGAAUCUACAAAACUGUCAGUGGAGGCGGAUCGAGUUCACAUCACAUUCAUGGUAAUUAUACACCACCAGUAUUUGGUGGACGAAGAAACGGAUCAUUGAGUGGUCUCUCCGGUGACAAUGGUCCAGGAAUCUACAAAACUGUCAGUGGAGGCGGAUCGAGUUCACAUCACAUUCAUGGUAAUUAUACACCACCAGUAUUUGGUGGACGAAGAAACGGAUCAUUGAUUGGUCUCUCCGGUGACAAUGGUCCAGGAAUCUACAAAACUGUCAGUGGAGGCGGAUCGAGUUCACAUCACAUUCAUGGUAAUUAUACACCACCAGUAUUUGGUGGACGAAGAAACGGAUCAUUGAUUGGUCUCUCCGGUGACAAUGGUCCAGGAAUCUACAAAACUGUCAGUGGAGGCGGAUCGAGUUCACAUCACAUUCAUGGUAAUUAUACACCACCAGUAUUUGGUGGACGAAGAAACGGAUCAUUGAUUGGUCUCUCCGGUGACAAUGGUCCAGGAAUCUACAAAACUGUCAGUGGAGGCGGAUCGAGUUCACAUCACAUUCAUGGUAAUUAUACACCACCAGUAUUUGGUGGACGAAGAAACGGAUCAUUGAUUGGUCUCUCCGGUGACAAUGGUCCAGGAAUCUACAAAACUGUCAGUGGAGGCGGAUCGAGUUCACAUCACAUUCAUGGUAAUUAUACACCACCAGUAUUUGGUGGACGAAGAAACGGAUCAUUGAUUGGUCUCUCCGGUGACAAUGGUCCAGGAAUCUACAAAACUGUCAGUGGAGGCGGAUCGAGUUCACAUCACAUUCAUGGUAAUUAUACACCACCAGUAUUUGGUGGACGAAGAAACGGAUCAUUGAUUGGUCUCUCCGGUGACAAUGGUCCAGGAAUCUACAAAACUGUCAGUGGAGGCGGAUCGAGUUCACAUCACAUUCAUGGUAAUUAUACACCACCAGUAUUUGGUGGACGAAGAAACGGAUCAUUGAUUGGUCUCUCCGGUGACAAUGGUCCAGGAAUCUACAAAACUGUCAGUGGAGGCGGAUCGAGUUCACAUCACAUUCAUGGUAAUUAUACACCACCAGUAUUUGGUGGACGAAGAAACGGAUCAUUGAUUGGUCUCUCCGGUGACAAUGGUCCAGGAAUCUACAAAACUGUCAGUGGAGGCGGAUCGAGUUCACAUCACAUUCAUGGUAAUUAUACACCACCAGUAUUUGGUGGACGAAGAAACGGAUCAUUGAUUGGUCUCUCCGGUGACAAUGGUCCAGGAAUCUACAAAACUGUCAGUGGAGGCGGAUCGAGUUCACAUCACAUUCAUGGUAAUUAUACACCACCAGUAUUUGGUGGACGAAGAAACGGAUCAUUGAGUGGUCUCUCCGGUGACAAUGGUCCAGGAAUCUACAAAACUGUCAGUGGAGGCGGAUCGAGUUCACAUCACAUUCAUGGUAAUUAUACACCACCAGUAUUUGGUGGACGAAGAAACGGAUCAUUGAUUGGUCUCUCCGGUGACAAUGGUCCAGGAAUCUACAAAACUGUCAGUGGAGGCGGAUCGAGUUCACAUCACAUUCAUGGUAAUUAUACACCACCAGUAUUUGGUGGACGAAGAAACGGAUCAUUGAUUGGUCUCUCCGGUGACAAUGGUCCAGGAAUCUACAAAACUGUCAGUGGAGGCGGAUCGAGUUCACAUCACAUUCAUGGUAAUUAUACACCACCAGUAUUUGGUGGACGAAGAAACGGAUCAUUGAUUGGUCUCUCCGGUGACAAUGGUCCAGGAAUCUACAAAACUGUCAGUGGAGGCGGAUCGAGUUCACAUCACAUUCAUGGUAAUUAUACACCACCAGUAUUUGGUGGACGAAGAAACGGAUCAUUGAUUGGUCUCUCCGGUGACAAUGGUCCAGGAAUCUACAAAACUGUCAGUGGAGGCGGAUCGAGUUCACAUCACAUUCAUGGUAAUUAUACACCACCAGUAUUUGGUGGACGAAGAAACGGAUCAUUGAUUGGUCUCUCCGGUGACAAUGGUCCAGGAAUCUACAAAACUGUCAGUGGAGGCGGAUCGAGUUCACAUCACAUUCAUGGUAAUUAUACACCACCAGUAUUUGGUGGACGAAGAAACGGAUCAUUGAUUGGUCUCUCCGGUGACAAUGGUCCAGGAAUCUACAAAACUGUCAGUGGAGGCGGAUCGAGUUCACAUCACAUUCAUGGUAAUUAUACACCACCAGUAUUUGGUGGACGAAGAAACGGAUCAUUGAUUGGUCUCUCCGGUGACAAUGGUCCAGGAAUCUACAAAACUGUCAGUGGAGGCGGAUCGAGUUCACAUCACAUUCAUGGUAAUUAUACACCACCAGUAUUUGGUGGACGAAGAAACGGAUCAUUGAUUGGUCUCUCCGGUGACAAUGGUCCAGGAAUCUACAAAACUGUCAGUGGAGGCGGAUCGAGUUCACAUCACAUUCAUGGUAAUUAUACACCACCAGUAUUUGGUGGACGAAGAAACGGAUCAUUGAGUGGUCUCUCCGGUGACAAUGGUCAACGAAUCUACAUAACUGUCAGUACCAGUGGACCGGGUUCACAUCACCACCAUUAUGGACAGUAUGGUAAUAUUCAUUCAGGAUUAUAUGGGCGAAGAUAUGGGUCAUUGAAAGGUCUCUCAAUCGAAAGUGGUCAAUGUAUCUACAUAACUGUGAAUGCAGGUAAAUCGAGUUCAUAUCAACAUCAAUACUAUCCAACACGAUCAUAUGGACGAAGAUACGGAACAUUGAGUGGUCUAUCCGGUGAAAAAAGUCCACGUAUUCACGUAACUGUGUGUGCAGGUGGAUCGAGUUCAAAUAAAACUCAAUAUUUUCCAACGCGAUUAUAUGGACCAAGAUACGGAACAUUGAGUGGUCUAUCCGGUAAUCGUGGUCCAAACAUCCACAAAAUUGUCAAUGCAAGUAGAUCAAGUUCAUAUCACAAAAAAUAUGGACAGCAGGGUAAUGUUCCACCACGAUUAUCUGUACGACGAAAUGGGUCACUAAGUGGUCUAUACGGUGGCAAAGGUCCUUCUAUCCACUUAACCUUCAAUUCAGAUGGACAGAAUUCAACUGAUCAUGAUCUGAAACAAGGAGUUACUUCACCACCACGAUUAUCAGGACGUAAAUACAUGAAAGGUAAAGCGUACGAUUUUCUCUCUAAUUUUGUGUUCUAUGAUAUAAUCCAUCUGGUCUCACUUACUCGAAUAUGCAGCACGAUCAUUUUAUUCAAUUAUUUGAACAAAUAAAUAUUGUUACAAUCGGGUACCAUAUGCAUAUGAGCCACACAAUAGCAAUGAAGUUGUGAAGAGAUACGAAAUGUAAAGCGUGUGUAUUAAAAGAACAACAAAAAACAGAAACUACUGCAUAAGAGUAAAAUAAUAAUGAUUAUUAUUACAGUGGUUCGUGAUCAGGAAAAUUAUGUUGUCUGAUUCCGUAGGUUUUCAGACCAUUUAUUACACAGAUUUUAGGACUUCAUCUUAUCAAAUAAAUAGCACAAAGUUGUUGUAUAGUAAAGCGAAACAGAAAAAUCAAAAUAUUUUAAGUGACCGCACACGUGGUAACAAUCUGUCAUCAAAUAAGACGAUUAGGCAAUCUAAUGUUACAACUCGCAGCAAGAGAAAUGAGAGGUAUAACACUAUGUCAAAUAACAUUGCAUCUUAAAACGAAAUGGAUUCAGAGACAGAAAAUUUCUCUCAUAGUGCCAUAUGUUCGGAAGUCGAAAUAAAUCGAGACGAAGCUAUGAACGAUUACACCUUUUUCGAUGAACAUCCAUUACAGGAAUACAAUGAAUAUGGCAAUAUUUCGGCUUGAUUCUGUUAUGGUUCGUUAAACGUGAAUGCUACUACUGAUUCGUCUUACUCGAACGGAACGAAGGACCAAUGAUUCAGAGACUCGACAGCUAUCCUGGUCCGUUGUCCCCAACUCAGCUAACUCGAUCAAGAAGUCUGGGUGAGGCGUAGAAAGUGUAUUUUACAGGCAAACAGCAGAUUACAAGUCAGGUCAAGCACACAAAUCAAGCGUAUUUAUACAAAUAUUUAUAAUCGAUAUUGUCAUGGAAAAUUUUAAAACAUUAAUCAAUUAGUUCGUCAAUUGACUGCAAUUUAAACAUUUAAUCGAUAAGUUCAUCAAUUGACCUAAUUGCACAUGUAAUCGAUAAGUUCAUCAAUUGAUUGCCAUUCAAAUAUCUAAACAUUUAAUCGAUAAGAUAAAAUUACAAAAUAUGGGUUUUGUGGAUCUAUCGUCCUCAACAGAUUCACGAUUCUCAUAAGAGCGUGGUAUUAUUAAUCAGUUGAACAUGAUAAUCUUUCGUUUUAAAAGACGACUGUGUUCUGACAAUUUCUGUUGUUUAUAUUCAUUCAGUAUGAGAAUGGUUCAAUAUGACAACAACUGAAGUCUGAUUAUUUAAAUCUACGAGAUAAUUACUGUGAAGUGAAUCUGUUUUGCCUUCAUAACGAUUGAAGGCUUGGUGAAGAUUGUUCGAAACAUGGUGUUAAAGAAUAAUUGUAGUGCGUUCAGUAGUAUGUUAACAUGCUCCGAUUACGUAGUGAAGAUCAGGUUUUAAUUAUGAUGAUAGGUUCGAUCUACAAGCUACAUUUCAAGUGAUAUAUAGUUCAAGCCCCCAAAUGCCCUGGUACGGCCGAGAGUAGUGAGAGUCUGCUCUACCUCUCGAAAUGCUCUCAUAUGGCCACGCGUAUAUAGCCUCUGCCAGGGAAG